GAAGAGGGCGGGACCCAAAAGAUACACCCUAGAGUGCAGUUGCUAGCUGGGAAGAAAAGUAGAUUAAGGUGGGGCGACUUCCUAUUUCGAUUUCAAAGCAAUCUUGGCCUCCUCCGGUCGCCGUAGUAGGCGAUGGCCGUGGUAUUCUCCCGCCAAUUCAAACCCUGAGAAGGAGCAAAAGGAGGUUGGGGGCGGACGUGUGAGUCAGGAAGAGGGACGAAACACUUGUGUGUUCCUUUUUAGUUUCUUCGCUUGCAGGAAAAACAGUGCCUCCUGAGUCAGAAAGACAAUUACCUACAACAUGUGGAAUGAUAUUGAGCUGCUAACAAGCGAUGAUACAGGAAGUGGAUACCUAAGUGUUGAUUCAAGAAAAGAAAAUGGAGCUGCUUUGUAUCAAGUAGAUUUGCUUGCAAAGAUCUCCUCUGAAAAGGCCUCAUUAAACCCAAAGAUUCAAGCGUGGAGCUUGAGUGAUGGGUUUGUAGUUGUAGCGGACCAGUCAGUGAUACUGCUCGACAGUAUUUGUAAAUCACUACAGUUGCAGCUUAUAUUUGAUACUGAAGUGGAUGUAGUUGGCCUGUGUCAUGAAGGGAAGUUUCUUUUGGUUGGGGAGAGAAAUGGCAACUUGCACCUUAUUCAUGUAACAUCAAAGCAGACAUUACUCACUAAUGCGUUUGUCGAGAAAACUAAUGAUGAAAAUCAGCCUACUUACCGAAAUCUUAUUAUUGAAAAAGAUGGCUUGAAGGAAGGUACCUAUUAUAUGUUGCUUCUUACAAAUAGUGGAUUUUUUUACGUUACAAACCUUCAGCUUAUACAAAUUCAGCAAGCAAUUGAGAAUGUAGAUUUGGAUACAGCCAAAAAAUUACAGCGACAGAUCAGUUCCAGUUUUAUUUCUACUGAAAAUUAUCAUACUCUUGGUUGUCUCAGUCUUGUGGCUGGAGAUUUAGCAAGUGAAACUCCUGUGAUAAUUGGGGGAACUGGUAAUUGUGUCUUCUCAAAAUGGGAACCAGACUCUUCCAAAAAAGAAAUGACAGUUAAGAACCUUAUUGAUGCAGAAAUUAUUAAAGGUGCAGUGAAGUUCCAGCUGAUAGACAAUCUGCUUUUUGUUCUUGAUACUGACAAUGUGCUGAGUUUGUGGGAUAUUCACACUCUCACUCCCAUAUGGAACUGGCCCUAUCUUCACAUAGAGGAAUUCCUUCUUACCACGGAAGCAGAUUCUCCUUCAUCAGUUACCUGGCAAGGGAUUACGAAUCUCAAGUUAGUAGCUCUGACAACUACAGCUAAUAAGAAGAUGAAAAACCUUGUGGUUUAUGUAUUACCUACAAUGGAAAUACUAUAUUCUUUGGAAGUAUCUAGAGUUUCAUCUUUGGUUCAAACGGGAGUUAGCACGGAUACCAUUUACCUUCUGGAAGGAAUUUACAAAAGUGAUCCAGAAUUCUCUGAGGACUCCGUCUCAGUGUUAGUGCUCAGGUAUCUUACGGAAGCUUUACCAGAAAACAGACUGAGUCGGUUACUUCACAAACACAGAUUUGCAGAAGCCGAGACCUUUGCCAUUCAGUUUGGGCUCGAUGUUGAGCUUGUGUACAAGGUAAAAGCAAAUGACAUAUUGGAAAAACUAGCUUUGAGUUCUGUGGACACCAGCGAGCAGACCAAAUGGCAGCACCUUGUAGAUGAAGCAAAGGAAACUCUGCAUAAAAUCCAGGAUGAUGAGUUUGUGGUGAAGUACUGCCUAGAGGCCCAGUGGAUAACCUAUGAAACUACCCAGGAGAUGCUCAGCUAUGCUAGAACCAGGCUUUUGAAGAAAGAAGACAAAACUGUUCCUCUCUAUUCUGAUGGCUUGAUAGAGGUACUAAGGGCUCAUGCAAAGUUGACUACUUUUUAUGGAGCAUUUGGACCAGAAAAAUUCAGUGGGAGUGCUUGGAUUGAAUUCCUGAAUAAUGAAGAUGAUCUUAAAGAUAUUCUGUUACAGCUAAGAGAAGGGAACCUUGUCUGCGCACAGUAUCUUUGGCUGAGACAUCGGGCAAACUUCGAAAGCAAGGCUGAUGUGAAAAUGCUUGAGAACUUGCUGAACUCAAUUUCUACACCGCUCUCUUUGCAAAAUCUUUGUCCGUGGUUUAAAAAUGAGGUGGUCCCAUUUGUGAGGAGGACUAUACCUGAAGGACAGAAAAUUCUUGCAAAAUGGUUGGAGCAAGCAGCCAGGAACCUUGAAUUAACCGAUAAGGCAAACUGGCCAGAAAAUGGACUUCAACUGGCAGAGGUAUUUUUCACAGCAGAAAGAACAGAAGAAUUGGGAGUGGCUUCCUCUUGGCACUGGAUAUCUUUGAAGGAUUUCCAGCACACGGAGGAGGCGUGUCAGCUGCGGGCUCUGGUGAAUAACUUGAGGGAGCUGGUCACGCUGUACCGGAAGUACAACUGCAGACUGGCCCUCUCUGACUUAGAGAAGGAAAACACAACCAGCAUCGUGUUUCGAAUGUUCGACAGAGUGUCGGCCCCAGAACUUAUCCCCUCCACCUUAGAGAAGUCUGUCAGAGUUUACAUGCGGGAACAUGACUUACAAGAGGAGGAAUUGCUCUUGCUGUACAUAGAGGAUUUACUAAAGAGGUGUAGCUCAAAGUCCACAUCCCUGUUCGACACAGCUUGGGAAGCAAAGGCCAUGGCUGUUAUUGGAUGCUUGUCUGACACAGAUCUCAUCUUUGACGCGGUGCUGAAGAUCAUGUACAAGGCCGUGGUUCCCUGGAGCGCGGCUGUGGAGCAGCUCGUGAAGCAGCACCUGGAGAUGGACCAUCCCAAAGUCAAGUUACUACAGGAAAGUUACAAGCUAAUGGAGAUGAAAAAGCUUUUACGAGGGUAUGGAAUAAGAGAAGUGAAUCUCUUAAACAAUGAAAUAAUGCGCGUGGUCAGAUACAUUCUCAAACAAGAUGUCCCGUCUUCCUUGGAGGAUGCUCUAAAGGUGGCCCAGGGCUAUAGAUUGUCUGAUGAUGAGAUCUACAGUUUAAGAAUUAUAGACCUGAUCGAUAGAGAGCAGGGCGAAGACUGUCUCCUUCUGCUGAGGUCUCUGCCUCCUGCAGAAGCAGAGAAAACUGCAGAAAGAGUCAUCAUCUGGGCACGAUUGGCCUUGCAGGAAGAGCCAGACCAUUCUGCAGAGGACCAGGCCUGGAGAAUCUCUGUGGCAAAGACGUCAGUGGACAUUCUUAAAAUACUGUGUGACAUUCACAAAGACAAUCUCCAGAAGAAGGAUGAAUAUGAAGAAACCCUGAAACGAUUUCAAAUGGUAGCGAGCCUGCAGGAGAACUUUGAGGUCUUUCUUUCGUUUGAUGAUUAUAGCAGCAGUGCCCUGCUAGCCGAUCUUCGUGAGCAGUACAUUAGCAGUCACGAGAAUGCCCAGGAGGAGGCGGGCCUGAGCACCAGGUCCAAGCUACACAGACAGGCCCUGGCCCUACAGGUGUCUGCGCAGGAGCUGGAGGCAGAGCUGGCCUGGAGAGCCUUACGGGGUGAGAACAUCGGAGCGGCGCUGAACAAAUGCAGAGACCUGUUUAAGUAUCACAGCAGCGCUGACACGGGGAGAGUCCUGUUUCUGACGUGUCAGAAGCUUUGUCAGAUGUUGGCCAAUGAUGUCCUGGUGACAGCACCUGUGGGCCUCAACCUUCCUUCUGAGAUACAUGACCUAGCUUGCCAGGCUGUCACCAUCUGCAGUCCAGAUUUUUUACUAGAUGCUUUAGAACUGUGUAAAUAUACUUUGAUAGCGGUGGAGCUUUCCAGACAAUGCCAAAUGGAUGACUGUGGAAUCCUAAUGAAAACUUCUUUCGGAACUCAUAAGGACCCAUAUGAGGAGUGGUCUUACAGUGACUUCUUCAAUGAAGAUGGAAUCGUUCUUGAAUCACAGGUGGUGCUACCAGUAAUUUAUGAGUUGAUUUCAUCACUUGUCCCUCUUGCAGAAAACAAAAGAUACCCCUUGGAUUCUAUAAGUUUGCCCUACUGCUCCAUUAGUGAAGGAGACAACCUUAUUUUACCCAUUAUUCGUUCCAUCUCUGCCCUGCUUGAGAACCUUCAGGAAUCCAGCCAGUGGGAGCUGGCCCUCAAAUUUGUGGUUGGCUCCUUUGGUAACUGUCUGCAGCACUCUGCAUCAAACUUUAUGAAUGCUAGUCUGAGUGAAAAGUUACUUGGAGAACCCACAUUAGUUAACUCAAGGCGUAUUGUUAUGGACUUGAAAGAAAAAUCUGCUAUGUUUAUCAGGGGAAAUGUCACAACACUGCUGCACAAAGUAUUUAAUUGUCGCCUCGUGGAUCUUGAGCUGGCGUUGGGUUAUUGCACUCUCUUACCUGGAAAAGAUGUGUUUGAAAACCUCUGGACUCUCAUAGAUAAAGCAUGGCAGAAUUAUGAGAAAAUUCUGGCGAUAUCUCUGGUGGGUUCCCAGCUGGCCAGUCUCUAUCAGGAGGUUGAAAUAGGGCUUCAGUUCCAUGAACUGAGCACUGAUGCCAAGUGGGGUGUUCGUCUUGGUAAACUUGGUAUUUCUUUUCAGCCAGUUUUCAGGCAACAUUUCCUCACCAAGAAAGACCUCAUUAAAGCUCUUGUGGAGAAUAUAGAUAUGGACACAAGCCUCAUUCUGGAAUACUGCAGCACAUUUCAGCUGGACUGUGAUGCGGCGCUUCAGCUAUUUAUUGAAACACUACUGCACAACACUAACGUCAGCCAGAACCCCGGAGACACAAGCCCGGCAUCUGCAAAGCAGCAGCAUUCCAAGCUCUUGGCCAAAGCCAGCGAAAUGGUUCCCUUGCUGACGAGCACAAAAGAUUUGGUCAUCAGUCUUAGUGGAAUACUACGCAAGUUGGAUCCCUAUGACUAUGAAAUGAUUGAAGUUGUCCUGAAAGUCAUAGAAAGAGCUGAUGAAAAGAUAACCAAUAUUAAUAUUAAUCAGGCACUGAGUCUUCUGAAACAUCUGGAGUCAUACAGAAGAAUUUCCCCGCCGGUGGACCUGGAGUAUCAGUAUAUGCUGGAGCACGUCAUCACCCUGCCGCCCGCAGCCCAGACCAGACUGCCUUUCCACCUGAUACUGUUUGGCACAGCGCAGAACUUCUGGAAAAUUCUCUCUUCAGAGCUCUGUGAGGAGUCCCUCCCAACCCUGCUCUUAAUCUCCAAAUUAAUGAAGUUCUCUCUAGAUACUCUCUACGUUUCCACAGCGAAACACGUUUUUGAGAAAAACCUAAAGCCCAAGCUCCUGAAGUUAAUGCAAGCUAAGUCCUCGGCCCUGAUGAACAAGGAGAUAGCCAAGAUCACGCAGACCAUUGAGUCCUACUUGCUGUCCAUCAUCAACCCGGAGUGGGCCGUGGCCAUCGCCAUCACCCUCACCCAGGAGAUCCCCGAAGGCUCCUUCAAGAUGUCCAGUUUGAAGUUCUGCCUGUACUUGGCCGAGAGGUGGCUGCAGAACAUCCCGCCUCAGGAUGAGACACGUGAAAAAGCGCAGGCGUUACUGAAGAAGCUUCAUCUCCAGUUCCGGCGCUCGGGCACAGAAGCUGUGCUCAUAGCGCACAAGCUGAACACCGCGGAGUACUUACGAGCGAUCGGAAAGCCGGCCCACCUCAUCGUCAGCCUCUACGAGCACCCCAGCAUCAACCAAAGAAUGCAGAAUUCGUCUGGCAAAGAUUAUCCUGAUAUUCAUGCAGCAGCUAGAGAAAUAGCUGAAGUCAAUGAAAUUAAUUUGGAAAAAAUCUGGGACAUGUUGCUGGAGAAAUGGCUGUGCCCCGAGACAGCGCCUGGUGAGAAAUCAUCAGAAUUAUUUGAGCUUCAAGAAGAUGAAACACUGCGAAGAGUCGUGUAUCUCCUCCUGUCUCGCCCGAUUGAUUCUAGUUCAAGAAUGCUGUUUGUAUGUGCAACAUCAGCUACCAGUACCCUGGGCACGCGUCAGUUAACUUUUGCCCACAAAACACGAGCUCUUCAAUGUCUCCUCUACCUGGCUGAUAAGGACACUGUAGAAUCUCUCUUCAAAAAACCCAUUGGAGAAGUAAAAUCUUAUUUGAAAUGUAUCACUUUUCUGGCAUCAUUCGAGACAUUGAAUAUCCCCAUCACCUAUGAAUUAUUUUGCCACAGUCCUAAAGAAGGAAUGAUUAAGGGCCUGUGGAAAAACCACAGCCACGAGCCAAUGGCAGUACGAUUGGUGGCGGAGCUCUGUUUAGAAUACAAAAUCUAUGACCUGCAGCUUUGGAAUGGACUCUUGCAAAAGCUUCUUGGCUUCAACAUGAUUCCUUUCCUAAGGAAAGUUUUAACAGCCAUUUCUAGUAUCCAUUCAUUAUGGCAGGUUCCCUACUUCAGCAAAGCUUGGCAGCACGUGAUACAGAUACCCCUGCUCACAGCCUCUUGUCCUUUAAGGCCCAGUCAGUUAACAGAUUGCUGUAAGAGUCUUGUCGCUGUCCUAGAAUGUCCAGUUUCAGAUGAUCUUGACAUGAUGGGAGUCGCCAGGCAGUACAUCCAGUUAGAGCUUCCGGCUUUUGCAUUAGCUUGUCUGAUGCUCAUGCCCCACUCCGAAAAGAGAAACCAUCAAAUCAAGAAUUUUCUGGGCUCAUGCAAUCCUCAGAUCAUUUUACAGCAAUUAGAAGAACAUAUGAAUUCUGGACAGCUAGCAGGAUUUGCACAUCAAAUUAGAAGCCUGAUUCUGAAUAAUAUCAUAAAACAGAAGGAAUUCGGGAUUUUGGCGAAGACAAAAUACUUCCAGGUGUUGAAAUCGCACAUGAUGAAUACUGACAGCAUCACUGAGCUAGUCAGCUAUUUGGCAAAUGACUCAAGCAUAGACGAAGCAUCGGCCCUGAUCAGUGAGUAUUCAAAGCACUGCGGGAAGCUUGUGCCACCAGAUGCAGCCCCUGGCGAAAUCCUGAAGAUGUUCCUUAAUGGACUUUAGUAAAUCAUGAAACCUUUUCCGAAAACGACAAGAGGAAGUUCGGAGUGUGCUACUAACUGACCAUAUUUAUUACAGUUUUAAAAUUGUGUAAUCUAUAUGCACUAGCUACCCACAAGAAUAACUAAAAAUGUCCACUAUUAAUAUAAUUACCCAAUAAAGAACUUGUGUCCUGAGUUAAUCAAUAA